AUUCAAUUGGCUGAUUUGUGGGAUUCAAGGGCGGGGCUACGGAGUGACGUUUGUGCUAUCCGGCGUCCAGUGGGUGCAACUAGCAAAACACAGACAUGGCAGUAUCAGCGGAUCACAUCCGGGAUAAGCUAACCAAGGAGCUGGGGGCAGUGCACGUGGACGUAGAGGACACCUCCCCCGGCAGAUGUGCGGCUAGCUUCAAAGUCCUGGUGGUGUCACCGCAGUUUGAGGGUAAACCGCUGUUACAGAGACACAGGAUGGUGAACACGUGUCUGGCGGAGGAGCUGAAGGAAAUUCAUGCGUUUGAACAGAAGACCCUGACGCCAGAGCAGUGGGACAAACAGAAGCUACAGUGACACAUUUCCUCCUAGAGCCUUGAGAGUUUGGGAACAUUGAAGGUUAAAGUGCUUCAGUCAUCUUGUUGCUGCUACUAGUGCAAAUAAAAAACAAAUUCCUCCCCUGUC